GAUAGAGGGAGGAGGUGCAGUACAGGAUAAGGAGCUGCUGCUAUUCCACCCUCCCUCGAUCCUGCAGCAUGAGGCGGAUCAGGGCUAACGCCAUAGCGGUUCUGACUGUCGCUUGGAUCCUGGGAACCUUCUACUAUUUGUGGCAGGAGAGCAAGCCUCGCCCGGCAGCAUCCAGCAAAGCCCCGGCAAGGACCAGCCCUGGGGCGGUCACAGCGGUCUUGCAACUGGAAAAGGGAAAACUGAAUGGGUUUGAUGAGAAAUCAUAUCUCUCCUCAAAGUAUAUAAAGCCCGGAGAAGAUCCCUAUCGACAACAUGCCUUCAACCAGCUGGAGAGCGACAAGCUACCAAGUGACCGACCCAUCCGGGAUACCAGGCAUUACAGAUGCACCUCCACACAUUACGACGAUGACCUGCCAGCUACCAGUGUCAUCAUCACUUUCCACAACGAGGCACGCUCGACCCUUCUGAGAACCAUCAAGAGUGUUUUGAUUCGAAGUCCUGCAAAUUUAAUUCAGGAAAUUAUUUUGGUGGAUGACUUCAGCACAGAUCCUGAUGAUUGCCAGCUUCUUGUCAAAAUUCCAAAGGUGAGAUGCCUGAGAAACAACCGCAGAGAAGGGCUGAUCCGAUCUCGGGUUCGAGGAGCAGAAGUAGCUAUUGCUCAGAUUCUGACAUUCUUAGACAGCCACUGUGAGGUCAACAAUGAGUGGCUGCAGCCUCUGUUGCAGAGGGUUAAAGAGGAUCACUCUCGGGUAGUGAGUCCAAUUAUUGAUGUCAUCAGCUUGGAUAACUUUGCAUAUUUGGCAGCGUCUGCCGAUCUCCGGGGAGGGUUUGACUGGAGCCUUCAUUUUAAAUGGGAACAAAUCCCCAUUGAACAGAAGAUGAUUCGCACUGAUCCAACCUCCCCCAUAAGGACUCCUGUGAUCGCUGGAGGAAUUUUUGUAAUUGACAAAUCGUGGUUUAAUCAGCUCGGGAAAUAUGAUGUUCAGAUGGAUAUUUGGGGAGGAGAGAACUUUGAGCUCUCCUUCCGUGUCUGGAUGUGUGGAGGCAGUUUGGAGAUUGUACCAUGUAGCCGGGUUGGUCAUGUUUUCAGAAAGCGACAUCCCUAUGAAUUCCCUGAUGGAAAUGCUCUAACUUAUAUUAAAAACACCAAAAGAACAGCAGAAGUGUGGAUGGAUGAGUUUAAGCAGUAUUACUACCAAGCACGGCCCUCAGCUGUGGGAAAGUCCUUUGGGAAUGUGUCGGACCGCAUUGAACUGCGCAAAAAGCUGAACUGCAAACCUUUCCAGUGGUACUUAGAGAAUGUCUACCCUGAGCUGAAGAUCCCUGAAAAGGAAACAAUGACAGCGAUCAUUAAGCAAGGAGGAAAUUGUCUGGAGUCUCAUGGACCAGACACAGCAGGGAACAUCCUAGCAGGUCUGGGGGUCUGCAAAGGGACAGCAAAGAGUGCACCUGUUGCACAGGAAUGGGUUUUAAGUGAGCCUUUGAUUCGACAACAGGACAAAUGUCUCGCCAUUACAUCCUUCUCGACAGGAGCACCUGUUGUGCUAGAGUCCUGCAACCAAAAGGAUAGCAGACAGAAAUGGAAAUUAAAAGGUCAUUUCCUGCAACAUCUAAGCACUGCCCUCUGUCUGGACACUCGGCUUCCUGCAGUUCUUAUUAACCCUUGCCAGUCUGAUUUGCUGAGCCAGCACUGGGAUCUGCUUAAGGCUACAUGAAGGAAAACAUUUCUGCUAUUCUGCAUGGACUUUGCUAGAGCAGAGAUUCAGGGAAUAUGAACAGAUCAGAUGUUUUGAAAUGGAGAGUCCCAGCACAAAAUCCAUCUGCAACGUAGCAUAUAAAGACAAUGCUAAUACAUGGCCCACCCAAUCAGUGCCAACAUAUGGAGCCCACAGGCGCUGUUAAUUUAUGGAGUACACAGACAAUAUUACAACAUGGCUCACAAGGGCACUGCUAAUAGAUCAUUUACACAGGUACUGCUAAUAAAUGACCAACAUAGCCACAAUCAAUACUUGAAGCAUACAUGCACUGUCAAUACAUGGGUACAUACGUGCCACCAAUGCAUGUCACACACAGGCAUUGUCAAUCACUAUCAGCAUAUGAUGCCCUGAGGCAAUGGACAUACACACAAGCAUUGGAACUACAUUAACAGCACACGCACUGCCAGAAUAUUGUCCCUCAUAGGCACUAUGAAAUCUGAACCACAUAGUCAUUGAAGCUGCAAAAUACAUAUGUCACCUGUACAGUUAAUAUCUAUUUGAUUCCUGGCUGCUUUCUAUGGAUAUUUUGCCAUAAAUACAUAAUCCACAUAUUCAAAUAAUACAUGGAGCACAGAGGAAUUGACAAUACAUGAUCCAUAUAUGGAGUUAAAAAGUGUACUGGUGGUACAUUGUCUAAAAAGGCAACUCUCACUUAUGACAUGUUAAAGAAUUGUCUUUGAUUCACUUAUACAGGCAUUGCUCAUUUCCUAUGAAGGUACCUCCACAUAUGACUUGUAGAGGCACUGCACUAAUGACAUAUACAAGAACCACUGACAUGUUGCCUAUAAAGGCACUGUCUCCACAUCACUUACACAACAACUUUAAACUCAUUGCAGGCACUGCCACACAUGACCUAUAGAGGUUCUGCCCAUAAAUCACUAAUACAGAGAUACUGCCCAUUCAUCACAUACAAAAGCACUGCUACUUUCUGAGCUAUGAAGGAACCUACAUCACUUAUACAGAGGAACUGCCCGCACAUCACAUAUACAAGCACUGCUACUUCAUGGACUGUGAAGGACCAUACAUCACUUAUACAGAGUUACUGCCUACACAUCACAUACACAAGCACUGAUACUUAAUGUCCUGUGAAGGACCAUACAUCACAUACACAAGCACUGCUACUUCAUGGCCUGAGAAGGACCAUAUAUCACAUACACAAGCACUGCUACUUCAUGGCCUGAGAAGGACCAUACAUCUCAUACACAAGCACUGCUACUUCAUGGCCUGAGAAGGACCAUACAUUACAUACACAAGCACUGCUACUUCAUGGCCUGAGAAGGACCAUACAUCACAUACACAAGCACUGAUACUUAAUGUCCUGUGAAGGACCAUACAUCACAUACACAAGCACUGCUACUUCAUGGCCUGAGAAGGACCAUACAUCACAUACACAAGCACUGCUACUUUAUGGCCUGAGAAGGACCAUAUAUCACAUACACAAGCACUGCUACUUUAUGGCCUGAGAAGGACCAUAUAUCACAUAUACAAGCACUGCUACUUCAUGGCCUGAGAAGGACCAUACAUCUCAUACACAAGCACUGCUACUUCAUGGCCUGAGAAGGACCAUACAUCACAUACACAAACACUGCUACUUCAUGGCCUGAGAAGGACCAUACAUUACAUACACAAGCACUGCUACUUCAUGGCCUGAGAAGGACCAUACAUCACAUACACAAGCACUGCUACUUCAUGGCCUGAGAAGGACCAUACAUCACAUACACAAGCACUGCUACUUCAUGGUCUGAGAAGGACCAUACAUCUCAUACACAAGCACUGCUACUUCAUGGCCUGAGAAGGACCAUACAUCAUAUACACAAGCACUGCUACUUCAUGGCCUGAGAAGGACCAUACAUCUCAUACACAAGCACUGCUACUUCAUGGCCUGAGAAAGACCAUACAUCACAUACACAAGCACUGCUACUUCAUAACCUAUGAAGGACCAUAUAUCACUUAUACAGAGGUACUGCCCACACAUCACUUAAACAAACACUGCUACUUCCCAACCUAUGGAGGACCAUACAUCACAUAUACAGAGGUACUGCCUGCACAUCACAUACACAAGCACUGCUACUUAAUGUCAUGUGAAGAACUAUACAUCACAUACACAAGCACUGCUACUUCAUGGCCUGUGAAGGACCAUACAUCACUUAUACAGAGGUACUGCCGUCCCAUCACAUACACAAGCACUGCUACUUCAUGACCUGUGAAGGACUAUGUAUCACAUACACAAGCACUGCUACUUCAUGACCUGUGAAGGACCAUACAUCACAUACACAAGCACUGCUACUUUAUGACCUGUGAAGGACCAUACAUCACUUAUACAGAGGUACUGCCUGCACAUCACUUAUACAGAGGUACUGCCGUCACAUCACAUACACAAGCACUGCUACUUCAUGACCUGUGAAGGACCAUACAUCACUUAUACAGAGGUACUACCUGCACAUCACUUAUACAGAGGUACUACCUGCACAUAACUUAUACAGAGGUACUGCUUGCACAUCACAUACACAAGCACUGCUACUUCAUGACCUGUGAAGGACCAUACAUCCCUUAUACAGAGGUACUGCCUGCACAUAACUUAUACAGAGGUACUGCUUGCACAUCACAUACACAAGCACUGCUACUUCAUGACCUGUGAAGGACCAUACAUCACUUAUACAGAGGUACUGCCUGCACAUCACUUAUACAGAGGUACUGCCUGCACAUAACUUAUACAGAGGUACUGCUUGCACAUCACAUACACAAGCACUGCUACUUCAUGACCUGUGAAGGACCAUACAUCACUUAUACAGAGGUACUGCCUGCACAUCACUUAUACAGAGGUACUACCUGCACAUAACUUAUACAGAGGUACUGCUUGCACAUCACUUAUACAGAGGUACUGCUUGCACAUCACUUAUACAGAGGUACUACCUGCACAUAACUUAUACAGAGGUACUGCUUGCACAUCACUUAUACAGAGGUACUGCUUGCACAUCACUUAUACAGAGGUACUACCUGCACAUAACUUAUACAGAGGUACUACCUGCACAUAACUUAUACAGAGGUACUGCCUGCACAUCACAUACACAAGCACUGCUACUUCAUGACCUGUGAAGGACCAUACAUCACUUAUACCUGCACAUCACUUUUACAGAGGUACUUCCUGCACAUAACUUAUACAGAGGUACUGCUUGCACAUCACAUACACAAGCACUGCUACUCAUAGCCAUUCCCUGUCUGGCUGCUCUCUGGGAUUUUUAAUUGCUUGAAGGACACUUUACUGGGCUCCUAUCCCUUUUCCUGUAAAUGUGAAGUAAAUGUUUGUGCGAGCUGGCAAUUCGGACUAAGUGCAAACCAAUGAUGGUCAUGCAGCAAGCAGCUUGUAUUAGUGAAUGAAAAAAUCAGCUAUGUUACAUGUAUCCUUGUAUGUUACAUCUGUAACUUGAAGCUGUGCCUGUAACAAGCAGAGAUACAUGUAGGGUACCCUGCAACAAGACAUACUACAUGGGUUACUAGUUUCAUGAACAGAUUGUGUAACAUACAGAUUUACAGUUAAUAGAGCUGGCUGCAGCAGAACUACAUUUGAAGGAGUCUGUAACUUUCAUUGAUACAUGUAAGGCAGCCUGUAAAUAUAUGAGGCAACCUGCAACCAGCAGAGAUAAAUGUGAAGCAAGAAUCUGUUAUACACAGAGAUACAUAAGAGGCUGCAUGAAGCAACAGUCUCAGAUAUAUAGAAAGAGACGGUAAAGAACUACAUGUACAGGAGUCUGCAACAUGCAGACAGUUAGACAAAGGAGGGUUUAAUAUGAAGAGGUCGCUGAGAGUCUGCAUCGUUCCUCACUCCAUGUGAGCUAGUGUAUAACUUGCACAAGAGGGCCCGUAUGUCUAAUAUGGCCUUUUAUACUCUGUAAACGCUAUACAAUCUUGUUAGUGGGUGAUGCUGAUUGUUGAUAUUUUCUUGUGAAUGUAAAAUGCACUUUUCUUGAAAAUCAUUGUGUAAUUUAAACAUUUUACAAAACAA